AAAGCAUGAUAGUAUGAAAGUAGAACUGUCAGGUCGAUGGCUGUAAAGGUGUAGACAUGUGCUGACUGACUGUCAGGAACCAGGAAAACAUACGGAAUGUGGUUAUCUCAGAACAUGCUGCUACGGUUCAGACUGAGUACAAGAGAACUGAAAAAUGGAUAUUUUUUCGUAGGACGCUGAAGACCUGGUGAUAAGUUUCCUUCGCGGUUUCCUCAAGUGUUGUGAGACACGAUUUUAAUGCUUUUAAUGGUACCAUCACGAAACGUGUUGCCAAGUAGUAGCGUGAUAUUUUACAAUUAAUCAUGGCUUUGUUGGGUAUGCCAAAUGGUACUCCCUUAGGCAGCAUGAUCACGGAAACCGAGCAGAUAAUUAGUCAGCUUGAACGAGGAACGGUGGUAACAAAGUUUUUCCAGCGCAAGCGACCAGAAAGGAAAACACUAAUGCUUCGACGGGAAACUCGGCAAUUAGUCUGGGCCCGUACAACAAAUAUAAGGACAUUUGAAGUAGCUGUGGACUUGAGGGAAGUAAAAGAGGUUCGCAUAGGAAAAAACUCAAAGGAUUUUGAAAAAUGGCCAGAGGAAGCAAAGCGAAUGGAGAAUUUAAAAUGUUUUGUUAUAUAUUAUGGCUUAGAAUUCAGACUGAAAACACUAUCAAUAGCAGCUUUUUCAGAAUCGGAGUGCACUUUGUGGAUAAGAGGCCUUGACUACUUGGUUAAUGAUACAAUAAGAUCACCAUACCCACUCCAGGUUGAGAGGUGGCUCCGUAAAGAAUUCUAUAAAAUGGAAAGUGGUAGAGAAACUGUCACACUGAAAGACCUAAAGGCAUUUCUUCCUCGUGUCAACUGCAAAAUUCCAACAAAUAAACUUCGGGAUGUCUUUCAGGAAGUCGAUACAAGGAAACGAAUGGAACUAGGAUUUGAUGAUUUUGCUACUCUUUACCAAAAGCUUAUGUUUGAUAACAAUAUGUAUAGUGAAAGUUUUAGUAAGUUAUUCUCUGAUUACUCUGAAAAUGGUAAAACAGUAACAUUGCAAGAAUUUCAAAGUUUUCUUAGCCAAGAGCAGAGAGACCCAAUGGGAGAUGACGAAAGAGAAGUUUCUUCAUUUAUGAGAAAUUAUUUGCAAGAUUCACAGCGAAAUGUCCAGGAGCCAUACUUCACAAUCUUUGAGUUUAUGGAUUUUCUUUUCUCGAAGCAAAAUGAAAUUUGGGAUGAACGAUAUGAUAAAGUCUACCAAGACAUGACGAAACCAUUGUCACACUAUUGGAUUGCCUCAUCACACAACACAUAUUUAACAGGUGACCAAUUCUCAAGUGAAUCGUCCACUGAAGCUUAUGUUCGCUGUUUACGAAUGGGUUGCCGAUGCAUAGAACUAGACUGCUGGGAUGGUCCUGAUGGUAUGCCAUUCAUCUACCAUGGGCAUACUUUAACGACAAGGAUAAAAUUUCUGGAUGUUGUUAAAACUAUCAAGGAACAUGCAUUUGUUACAUCAGAAUACCCACUAAUAUUGUCCAUAGAGGACAACUGCUCUGUACCACAGCAGCGCAAGAUGGCAAAGGUAAUGAUGGAAGUGUUUGGGGAAAUGCUACUCGUGCAGCUUUAUGAGAAGAAUGAAAGUCAGCUGCCAUCACCACACCAGCUACGGCGUAAAAUUAUAAUUAAGCACAAAAAACUCCCAGAUGGUGUUGACGAGGAUGCGUUUAUGAGCAAAAAUGAUGAUGCAAGGGACGUGGAUCUCAGAAACACAGUUAAAAAUGGCAUAUUGUAUCUGGAAGACCCUGUGGACAAGGAAUGGAAUAAACACUUCUUUGUAUUAACAAAAAAUAAAUUAUUUUACACCGACUCCUUUCAUGACGAGCAAGAAGGCGAAGGAGAGGAAGAAGAGGAAGAGAGUGGUUUUCAUAGACCUAAGGAGGGCAUUCCAAAUGAUGACCUGCACUUCAGUGAAAAAUGGUUCCAUGGAAAACUGGCGAGCGGCAGAACAGAAGCAGAGACGUUACUAAAAGAUUACAGUCAUUUGGGAGAUGGCACUUUCUUAGUUCGGGAGAGUGAAACCUUUGUUGGUGACUACUCUCUCUCUUUCUGGCGGCAGGGAAAGGUCAAUCAUUGUCACAUUAGGUCAAAGCAGGAAAAUAAUCAAACAAAGUACUACCUCAUUGACACAAAUUGUUUUGAUAGCCUGUACAGCCUGAUCACUCAUUAUCAAUCACAUCCACUUCGUAGUCAGGAGUUUCUCAUCAAGCUGCAGAAACCUGUUCCUCAACCAAAUAAACAUGAAGGAAAGGAAUGGUAUUAUCCUCAGGCAACAAAACUAAAAGCAGAAGAACUACUGAAAAGGGUUCCCGCCGAUGGAGCAUUUCUCGUGAGACCAAGUGAAUCUGAUACUGAUGCAUAUGCUAUAUCAUUCAGGGCUGAGAAAAAGAUAAAACACUGUAGAAUAAAACUGGAAGGACGGCUGUACACAAUUGGAACAUUUCAGUUUGAAAGCUUAGUUGAGCUUGUGAGCUAUUACGAGAGACAUCCCCUCUACCACAGAACAAAGCUGCGAUAUCCAGUCACAGAGGAAUCUAUCAGCAGAAUGGCUCAUAAUCCUGAUGACUGCUCUGUGUAUGGUACACCAGGAUAUAUGGACCCCAGCAGCUUCACAUCAAGGAUAACCGUCAAGGCACUAUACGAUUACCAGGCACGUAACGAUGACGAAUUAUCUUUCUGCAAGCAUGCUGUAAUAACAAAUGUUAACAAACAAGGAAACAGUGGCUGGUGGCGUGGAGACUAUGGAGGAAAGAAACAACACUGGUUUCCUUCGAACUAUGUGGAAGAAUGGGAUUCUCAAGAAAACAGAGAUGAUAAUUCUUCAGAUUCACUACUCCUUGGCAGUCUUCAGAAGGGCAGCCUUGAUGUGAUGGGUGCUAUUGUUGAAGUGCAUCGAAACGACCGCCCAGGACUGGAAUGGGUACUACGUAUACAAAAUCCAAACAUGUGCUCAGUAUUUGAAGUAGCUGUACCUAGGAUAGAACUUGCUGUUGAAUGGAGGAAUGCCAUUAAGGAAGUGGCACAAAAUGCCAGUGUACGGGAAAAUCAACAUAAGGAAAUGGAGAAGCAACUAAGAAUAGCCAAAGAAAUGUCUGACUUGAUAGUUUAUUGUCGGUCUGUAGCGUUUAACAUGGAAAAAUUCAGGAGAGGCUUCAAUCAUUGUGAAAUGUCAUCAUUUCCUGAAACUAAAGCUGAAAAACUGAUAUGUCAGCAAGAGACAAAAUUCUUCUUGAAAUAUCAUCAGCACCAGUUCAGUAGAAUUUAUCCAAAAGGUCAAAGAAUUGAUUCCUCCAACUACAUCCCUGUUCCAAUGUGGAAUGCUGGCAGUCAGAUGGUAGCUCUUAACUAUCAGACACCAGAUAAAGCAAUGCAGCUGAAUCAAGGAAAAUUUCGUCAGAAUGGGUUCUGUGGAUAUUUACUACGGCCUGAUUUCAUGUUCCUUGAAGACUUUGACCCAUAUGAUAAGAAAACUUUAGUUGGAGUAGAUCCACUGAAUAUUUCUGUACGUGUAAUUUGUGCACGCCAUCUCAGCAAAUGGGGUAAAGGAAGGGCAAGAGGGACUGUUAGUCCUUUUGUUGAAAUUGAAGUGAUUGGUGCGGACUUUGAUAACAAAAGCAGGAACACUCAACCAGUUUCUGACAAUGGUUUUAACCCAGUUUGGAAUGAAACAUUUGACUUUGAAGUUUCGAAUCCUCAUUUUGCCCUGCUGAGGUUUGUUGUCCAGGAUGAGGACAUGUUUGGAGACUCAAAUUUCAUUGGACAAGCAACCUACCCAGUGCUCUGCCUCCGAACAGGAUACAGAAGUGUUCCACUGAAAAAUGGCUAUAGUGAAGAUCUUGAGCUAGCAUCAUUGCUAGUUCAUAUCAGUAUAACAAAUCCAAUGGAAAGCAGGGAAGUGCUUCCAAGUACUGCCUUUUCUUGUGUAACUGCCGUAGGAGACAGUGAAGACUGAAAUGCCAAGUUGAUGUGGAUUUUCUGCAAUGAGAAGGUGAACAAAGAGGAGAAGAAAUACAGAAGAAAAGCAAGCUUUAAGAGAAAUGAUGGACUCCUGAAACCACCUCUGAGACUUACAGUGAUUGCUGUGUAACUGACCAAAAAGAAUAUAAAGUAUAACUGAG